AAUGGGUUCUGUGAAAUAUCAACAUUGACGAAGAGACUGAAUCUGAUAAUUUAAUAUCUUGUAUGGCUGUUCACACGCAGAUUCUAGGUUUACCUGAGUUGUCGUCGGACCAACCGGGGACAACUCGGGUUUUGCGAAUUAAAGUCAUCAGCGGAUCAAAUUUAGCGAAAAAGGAUAUAUUUGGUGCAAGUGACCCAUAUGUUAAAAUUAGUCUGUACCGAGGUGACCGUGAAGCAGGUGUUAUAGACAGUACUUGUACUGCUGUCAUCAAAAAGACAUUGAAUCCAAAAUGGGAGGAAGAAUUCCAGUUCAGAGUGAACCCCAGAGACAAUGUAUUAUUGUUUGAGGUGUUUGAUUCAAACAGAGUGACUCGUGAUGACUUCCUGGGAUUGGUGGAGAUCCCGCUGGCCCACACCAGCAUCGCCUGUGAGAGGCCAGGUCGUGACGUGGCAGCUAAAGACUACAUCCUCCGACCACGCAGUAUAAAAUCCAGGGUCAAAGGUCACCUGUGGUUGUAUCUGGCCUUGUUACCUGUGUCGGACAACGAGGAGGAGGAAGGGGAAGAUACUGCUGCUGGGCAAACACCACAGGAGACGGAAUGGGAGUUUUUAGAUAUGUCCAACAGUAUUAACGAAGCAGGUGCCUCUGGUCCGACCCAAGAUGCAGCAACAAAUGAAGAUCCCCUACCCCCAGGGUGGGAGAUGCGAACACAUCCAGACACUCAAAGGAAAUACUACAUCAACCAUACUACCCGUACAACCCAGUGGGAUCCUCCUACAGGGGUGUUGGGAAGCAGUGACCUGCCGUCGGGCUGGCAGGAAAGGAUGGACUCCAAUGGUAGAACAUACUAUGUGAACACACAGACCAGGUCCACACAGUGGGAACGCCCUACAGGAAGCAAUACCACAGAGGAAGAAACUGCUGGAGAGGAUCGGCGUCAGCAGCAGAGAAACGUGGCGGCCCAGAUGUACAGGGCGCGACGACACAUCAGUGUAGAGGACACUAUAAGUAUGCAGGGUGACAGGGAGAGUCCGACACAGCCACAGAGGCCUGUAUCUACAGGUCAGACAGAGAUAAGAAAUCAACUCAACCGUCAGAGAUUUGCAUCUGUAAAUUCUCCACCCAGAUCACAAGCCAGUGCUACAGGCGGAGACACAGAUGAGGAGCCACUAGGGCCAGGCUGGGCGAUGGGUAUGGCUCCGAAUGGCCGGGUCUUCUUCAUCGAUCACAACACUAUGAAAACCACAUGGGAGGAUCCACGAAAAGCCACAACAAGGACAGCCAGUAUGAGGAGCCAGCACGGAGAAAUGCCUAAUGUAGUCACCAGGGCCUCCUCUAACGAAGACCUUCUCGUCAACCUGGGACCUCUACCUGCCGGAUGGGAAGAGAGAACACAUUCUGACGGCAGAGUUUUCUACAUUAAUCACUCAACCAAAACCACUCAAUGGGAAGAUCCACGGUUACAGAAGCUUGGAGGUCAGGCAGUACCGUAUUCCAGGGAUUACAAGAGGAAAUAUGACUACUUCAGAUCAAAGUUACGCAAACCACAAAAUGUACCAAAUAAAGUUGAUAUUAAGAUAAGCAGGGACAAUAUAUUUGAAGAUUCCUAUCGUGCCAUCAUGAGUGUUAAAAAGCCAGAUAUUUUGAAAACCAGGUUAUGGAUCGAGUUUGACGGUGAUACCGGUCUGGACUAUGGAGGUGUGGCACGGGAGUGGUUCUACCUUCUUUCCAAGGAAAUGUUCAACCCCUUUUAUGGCUUGUUUGAGUACUCAGCCACAGACAACUAUACACUACAGAUAAACCCUUUGUCGGGUCUAGCUAAUGACGACCAUCUCUCCUACUUUGAAUUCAUCGGCAGAAUUGCUGGCAUGGCUGUGUAUCAUGGAAAACUGCUGGACGGAUUCUUCAUUCGUCCGUUUUACAAGAUGAUGUUGGGUAAAAGCAUGAUCCUUCAGGACAUGGAGCCAGUCGACUCUGAAUAUUUCAACUCCCUAUGUUGGAUCCGGGACAACGAUCCCAUUGACCUUGAUUUGACCUUCAGCGUGGAAGAGGAUUACUUCGGAGAGAUAACGGAGCGAGAACUUAAACCUGGAGGAAAGGAGGUUGUGGUCACGAAUGAUAACAAGAUGGAAUAUAUAAACUUGGUGAUAAACUGGAGGUUUGUGUCUCGAGUGUAUAACCAGAUGACCAGCUUCCGGAAGGGCUUCAAUGCUUUAGUUCCCCAGACAUUACUGCAGAUAUUUGAUGAGAAUGAGCUGGAACUGUUGAUGUGUGGGCUUCAAGACAUCGACGUCAACGACUGGAAAAGUCACACUGCCUACAAAGGGGAAUACAAUCCGAACCACCCUGUUAUCAUCUUCUUCUGGAAGGCUGUGUACUCUGUGAACAAUGAGAUGAGAUCAAGAUUACUACAGUUUGUGACGGGGACAUCACGUGUUCCGAUGAACGGGUUCCGGGAACUGUAUGGUAGUAACGGUCCACAACUGUUCACCAUAGAAAAGUGGGGCACAACAAAGAAAUUACCACGAGCUCAUACAUGCUUCAACAGACUUGACCUCCCACCUUAUGACAGCUACGAGGACCUAAGGAAAAAGCUUCUAUUAGCUGUAGAAAACACUGAGGGAUUUGAGGGUGUGGACUAAACAGUCAGGCUCACUUUAACAUGGAGGUGUUGGACAUACCAUGACUGAAGCAGACAGCUGUUGGCUCCUGAGCUUGCCCCUAGAGUCUCUGGAUUUGUCAAACACUAGAAUUCUCAAAAAUAUGAAAAAAUUGAGAAAUGGAAGUAUUGCUCUGUUACAGCAAAAUGGUCGGUUGGCAAACUGAUCCAUCAUCGUCAUCAGUCAGAAUUUGACCAGAGCUGAUAUUCUAACCAUACUUGCAUUUUUAGCAUACAGAAAGUCCAGAGUGACUAUGUGAUACAAAAAAAAGAUGAAGUAUAGUACAUAUUUCAGAGAACUUGUAGUAUGACCUGCUAUUUUGGUACCAAAGAUUUUUAUAUGGUGUCAGUUCAUGACUGUAUAAAGAUGUACAAUUCCAUGCUCUAUAAAGAGGGGGGAAAUACCCAAUAGGAAAACCAAAACCCCAGCAGCAAUACUUUGAUUGAUAAAGAGGUUAACAUUUUGUAGAAUAUUUUAGGUUAACAAUACUGUUACUGUUUUUUUAAUUCUUCCCUCAAAAAUUGUCAAAAUAGAACCUAUUUGAAAUAAUAACCUGUGCAACAUCAAAAUCAUUCUGAAAGUUUGUUUUAGGUAUCAUCUGUAUUAUGCAAAUUCAGAUGUUGAUUAUUUUUAACGAUAUAACUGCUAGAACUUGCCAAAUGUUUUUAUUUCGCGUCUUAUUAAGCAUUGAAAAUAAUGAAUAUUUCUGGUUUGUAAAUGAAUACCACCGUUUCAAGUGCAUAUUCACGCUUUAUGAACCAUUUAUCUUCACUCUGAAACAAGGAGCGUCAUCACCUGUGCAGUUCAGUAUUAGUUAUAUCUAUGGAUGAGAACAAAUAUUGAAUGCUAGUAAAAUUGUUUUCAUUACAAAGUCAAGUAAUCCAGAAUUAAGUAUUUAUGAAAUAUAAUUCAUUGUUACAUAACCAUGAAACCAAUGUCGUUUAUUCCAAACCAUAAAGGAGUGUUUCAUUUGUGCUGGAACUUUGUCAGGAAUUGAAUUGAGGAUGACGCAGAAAUAUCAACCAUGUGUGAAAGAGUAUAUGUUUAAGUGGGUUUGUCUUACAAUUUAAUGUUUUGUAUGCUGAAGUGUAAAACAUACCAGUGGUGUGCUACAGUGUAUGGCUCACUCCAAAACACCGGUGCUCGAUUCUCCAUUCAGGAGCGCCUAGGUCUCCAGUCACCUGUCAAGCCUCGUGGGUUUUCUUGGAGUUUCUCCAUUCAUUAAGACCUCAUUAUACGUUAAGUUGAUAGAACUUAUUUUUUAAUAUUAAUUAUGGGAGGAGGGGAGGCGAUGUUUGUUUUUACCAGUGUAUGGUUUGUAGGGGGAGGAGUGAUAAGAAAAAUAAGUUGUGUUACUAUAGAUACCUAUAGCUAUAUAAUUAUACAGUCGUGCUACACCAGUGUGGUACAUCGUCAUCAGCCCAAACACAAACUGCUCAAUACACAUCUCUAACUCAAAACUUUAAUUUAUGCAUCACUACUGACAUUAAAAUCUAAGCUUGAUGUAGAUUUUUUCCGUAAAAGUCUAAGCCACUCAUUGAUUUAGAUUUUUUUUUUCAUAAAAGUCGAAGCCUCAUUGAUUUAGAUUUUUUUUUUUUUUUUUCCAUAAAAGUCCAAGCCUCCCAUUGAUGUAGAUCUCUGUUGCCAUGAACAAAUAUUAUGUAACAAGGUGUUAGUGGACAUAUCUGGCUAAACUUUUAAUGGUUUGCUCAAGUGGACCUGAGUUGAUUGAGAAAUGAUAAACCCUAGUGAUCUUAUGUACUUUCUGGUGAACCUUGAAAAAGUCUUUCAGGGCCUGUAUUAACAUCUGUAGGCCAUUUAACAUUUGUUUUACAACUCGAAUGUUACAUUAAUUUGAAAGAUUGCCAAACCAAUUUGUCGGCAUUAACGAACAGGUCCCAUGUUUGUACCACAGGGGUUUCUAAUAUUUUCUUCAGGUUUUUCUAGGGCAUGUCUUGUAUUGCUCAAUGGAAAAAAAUUCCAAUUACAAAAUCUGCUGUACCUGCAUGUGUGGUCUGUAUGUUGCAGUCUGGUACCACCUGAUUGGUUAUGUGGUAGACAUCUGUGUCCUGGCAUUAGCUUGACCAACGGUCAGUCAGAAGGUUGUGUCAAUUUUAAUUUAUCAAGUACAUUGUAAAUACACAAAUUUAGCUAUUAAAAUAUUCUAAUGUACUGUACUAUACUAUUUAUUUGCUUUGUAUUAUGAUAUGGCUGUUAAUGCUUCAUUCUAUAAUGGAAUUAAGUUUUCCUACUUGACAUAUUUAAUAUAAUACGUUAUUAUGGGUCAGUGAGAAUAAUAAUGAGUCAUUAGUAUGUGACUAUGUUGUUAGCAAAUUCAGAAGUACACAAAAGUCUGGGCCGUUUUCGUUUUUGCGGUCAAAACGGAUGGACCAGUUGGACCGAUGUUGUUCUUUUAAGAAAUAAAGACGAACCUGGUGAUUUUAUAUUGUUUUCAGACGAGUCUUGACACAGACUUCCAAGGCCUGUAUUAACAUCUACAGGUCCAUCAAUAUAUAUGUUUGAAAUAUUGCAUUUAAAAACCAAUGCACUGGUUUGUCCGCAUAAACGAACAGGCCCCUGGUCUGAUUGGAUCAUUUCCUAGUUCUUAAAUUAUAAGUUGUUUUUUUUUCAAAAAAACAUAUUUUAAAUGACUGCUACAUUAAAAAGUACUCGGAAAUGUAUCCAGAAUGAGAAAUAUGUUCUAGAUUAUCACCAAAGAUUGACUUUCUAUUGUUCUAGUUCCUCUGUGUCCUCUCACACAAACAGACAUCAAACAUUUAUAAUUAUUUAUCAUUCAGAUUCUCGUCUUUCUUUUUAACCACUGUGGUUUCUUUAUCUAAAUUGUUGAUUUCCGGUUUAGUAUACUCGGUACUCUUCAAUAGACACCAGGCAGGCAUCCCUGAAGAAGUAAGACUGCCUAAUAAGAAUAUUUCACACAAAGGUUCACAAGACUGGUCAUUUUGGUCCAUUAAAAUGUAAUGUAAAUGGUCAUUUUGGUCCAUUAAAAUGUAAUGUAAAUAGUAAUCACUGUUUGUCCGUCCAUCCACAAAUUUUGUUCCUGGCUGAUAACCUUGAUAUCUACCCGGGUAUUUACAUGAAGUUUGGUCGUGAUGUUCAGUUCACAAAAAUAUAUGCUGAGAUAAAAUGUCUAGGUCAAAGGUUAAGGCCAGUUUUUACAUCUCUUCACUGAUGGAACAUUUUGUUAUGGUCAAAUUUGUGUCUAUUCAGUGUUGAACAUUUUGUGAAGACAAUAUUAAGCAAAGUUGAUCGGAAUGAAACAAGAAGUCAAAGAUCAAGGACAUUUGGUUCCAAAGGUCAAGGACCUCUAUGACCAUGGUUCUUAGUGGGGGGAGGUAUUUAGGAGUUGAAUGUAUAACAAAUCAAAUCUAUCAAAAGAGUUUUGUCCUCGGUUAGCCCAGCAAAUAUGGAGAUGGCUAUGCAUGAUAAAUAUUUCGCUCCCUUGCAAUUGUUUUUGAAGUCCAAAUGUCAAACCUCAAUCUUGGAGAUAAGGGCUUCUCUAUGAUUAUUGGGACUAUAUAUAUUGCCAAGUGACGGGGUCCUUGACCUAUCAGUGUUCUAUUUUCUCUAUUUUCUUGAUUGGCGAUGACAUCCAUAACUCUCAUAUUUAUUGUUGUAUUCUCUCUACAUAUCAUCUCUGUAUGCACAUUUCAUAAGAUGCAAUCUAGCUUUGUCUUUGCAUGUGGUGUUAUGACAUUUUUUAUUUGUUUUUCUGUUGUUUUGGAAGAGUUGAAUUUGUUGAGAAGUUUUCUUUUCCAAUGUUAAGAACUGUUUUAUGUUUGUACACUACCUGGUAUGGUCGAUUGGUUGUCUAUCUGGUGUAAAAAAAUACAUUGUCAUGUGUAUGCACACCAUUUUUUUUUUUUUUUUUUUUUUUAACAUAAAUAGCAUGCUACCUGUUAUGAGAGGCAUUAAUGCAGAUUUUUAAGAUAGAAAUAUUUGUAUUACCAGUACAUUAGAAUAUUUGUAUUACCAGUACAUUAGGACAAAGUUGAUAAUUAUUUCCAUUGUCUAGAGAGCAAUUUUUUAGCUGACUAUAACGUCAUAUAUAAGCAGUAGCUAUAUGUACAUGGAAUAUGAUCAACAAAAUGAAAAUUGUCCUAUACUAGGGACAGGAUGUUCUCGGUAGUAUUACUGGCAGUCAAAUUUUCUUUGUGAAUCUUGUAUUAUUAUUAUUAUUUUUUUUUUUUUUUUGUAUGAAGGUUAUAUGAUACCAACAAUGUCAUUCAUUACAUGUACAAUAUUUUUUAACACGUAGAGCCUUGUAGUCCAAACAUAAGUGUGAAUUUGUGUAUUUUAUCUGUUAACAACAUUUGCAUUCAAUCAUGUACAAUCUGGUACAUUGUAUAUAGUGAUGUGUACUUAAUUAUGGAUAUGUGCCCUUAUAUGGCACUAAUGAUUGAAAUAUGCCCAUAUACGGAGUGAAUGCUUGAAAUAUGCCUAUAUAAUGGCACGGAUGCUUGAAAUAUGCCUAAACAUUUGUAUAUGGAAUAGAUGCUUGAAAUAUGUCCAUAUAUGGCAUGGAUGCUUGAAAUAUGCCUAUACAUUUGUAUAUGGAAAAGAUGCUUGAAAUAUGUCCAUAUAUGGCAUGGAUGCUUGAAAUAUGUCCAUAUAUGGCAUAGAUGCUUGAAAUAUGCCCAUAUAUGGAGUGAAUGAAAUAUGUCCAUAUAUGGCAUGGAUGCUUGAAAUAUGCCAUAUGGAGUGAAUGUUUGAAAUAUGUCCAUAUAUGUCAUGGAUGCUUGAAAUAUGCCCAUAUAUGGCAUCAAUUAUGGAUAUGAUGAAUUACAAUCCAAUUAAAAUCUAGAUGGUCAUUCUCACUAAGUUACAUGAACAUCUAACAUGUAACGUAGUGAGAAUGACCAUCUAGAUUUUAAUAAGAUUGGAUGAAUUAUAUCCUUUAAUGGUAUAAAUGUGUAAAUAGUGUGAAAAUUAAUGAUGUACAUUUAUAUAUCUUAACAUUAAUAAUCAAGAUAUAGGAACUGGAUUCUUUCCUAAGCUUGAAGGGAAAACCGCUUGGCGUUGGUCAGUCUUUGUACUCUUAAGGUUUUAAUCACUUCAGUACACGUACAAAGACUGCAUUUACUGGUGAUAUUAUGAUUGUGUUGUCUCUGGUCACGGUUACUAUGAUUGGAGAAUGAGUCUGGUGAGUUGAUCAGACGAAGCUUUGGUGUAAAUGGUGGGUGACGAGUGGUGUGACAGUGAUGAGUGUCCGAGGAAGUGGAUUAUAACGUGUUUUACUAGUAUACAGUGUUAUAUUGGAAUAUUGCUUUCAUUUGUUGUUAUAUGUAAUCCUGAUUUUAUUUCAAUCUGAUCAAUGUCAACUCUUGAUAUUGGUGAAAUUACAAGCAAUUCUGUGUUGAUUAUGAACUAUGAUGACCGGUACAUGGUGUUUGUGGUUAGGUUAUUCGGAUAACCAGUCAGAAUUCCUCGAUUCUCCAUCUAGUAUUUUCAUAGGUAAUAACACAUUAAUUUCUUCAGAAAAAUGAUAUAUUUCUCUUUUGCCCAGUCAUAAAAUCAGAAAUUGUUCAUUAUCUAUUAUAGAGCAUGUUUGCUGUUAAGAACAAAAAUACCAGAUGUGUUUGAACAGAUGUUUGUAGUAGUGUUGUAAAUACUGCUGGACUUAACCAGGAUAGCUAUUAAAAGUUCAACAUUUUAUAUGGCAAACUUAAUGAAAACUAUAUCCAUAGUGACUUAAAUGCAGUGUCCGAGAGGUAAAUGAUUAUCGUUACACACACAAAGACUUGUCCGAUGAGAGCUGUUAUUAGUGGUUUAGAAUGUACUAACCUCACCUUCCAUACAAAUCUAUGUAUUUUGUGAUGAAAUGUGAUAGUCACAUGACCUUUAUGUGUCUGUUUUAUAUACCUGAACCUAUAAUGUACUAUUUAUACGAUCUAUUGGUGAUCACACAAGGGUUUUAAUGAUCCACUCCUAACAAGUGAUUUUUUUCUACUCAAAACUCUGUAACGUUGCCAAGAUGAUGUCAUUAUUAAAUGAAGAUGUUUUCUUAA